AUGAAGAAGCAGCAGCAGGCAGAGGCUCGGUGCCAUAGAGAACAGCAGGCCAACCUGGACAAGGAGAUCAAUAGCAUGAUCGACAGGACUAUGUUGUGUACUACGGGGUUUGCCCAACGACAUCAGAUGUUCGUGCCUACGCCAGAGCAGCCGAACGCAUUGAGAGCGCACAAGACGAUGUGGGAGAAGCUUCGCGCGACGGCUAAGGUGCUUCUUGAAGCGAAGAAGAACGGUACAAGGUUGCACAAACAGGAGCACGGACUUGCAGCUAUGAAAACAACGUUCUGGUUCACCAAGCCUCCAGAUGUCCAGCGACGCGAAGCUCUUGACGGCCUCAAGCGGACUAAGGAAAAGUUGGUAUCACUGGAGAAGCAGUCGAGAGAGCUUGAGAUUGACUUGAUCUACGAGAGGCCGAUGAUCACUUACUACGAGGAUUUGUUGACUGAGGCGGCAGCGCUGGGCUAUGGUCAGGCGACGCAAGCUGUUUAUGAUAAUGCUGAGAGGACCACGGCAGAGAAGGAGCAGCCGCUACGUGGCGAGAUGAUGGGCUACUUCGCCAAACUACAAAAGGAGGCGGCGCUCAAGGACGAGGAGUUGGAAGAUGCAAAGCGCAAGGUUGCACAUGCUGAUCAACGGAUUCUUGGAGCUGAAAAAUGUACAAGGCAGGUCGAGAGGAACGCGUGCAUGGUUGCCGAGAAGUCGAAGCAGAUGGCCGAGUUGGAAGUCGCCCACGUGGAAGAUCAGGCUCAUGCCUUCAAGAGCUCCCAGGCGCGGUGGAAUCUUCACGGAGAAAAGGAAGCUCAGAAGCUGGACGAGGCCCGAGCCACAUUCGAGCAGCAGCUGCAGCAACAGAAGGAGAAGCUGGACGCCCACUAUGCUGAGGCUUGGGUGGGGCUGGUUCGCAGCACGAACACGAUUAUGAACACCAUGGACAGUGCCGGUGCAGUUGGCGCGAUGCACCCAAGUUCCUUACCAGCGGUGUUUGACCUGGAGGCCAUUGCGCAGUUGGAGAAGAUCGCGGCCGAAUAUGAAUUCAAGUGGGACGAAGACCAGGUCGGGUCCAACUAUUUCACCGCCGAGCGGCACUGGCAUGCGACAAUCUACGAAUCUAUCACCCUUAAGUGGCCGAGGUGUACCCCUACCUAUCAAUUAGGUGAAGCUGGCCACGGCGAAAGCUCCACCACGGAGUGGUAUGCGGACCAGAUCCGCGGGCUUGAGCAGAUAAUUGAUGGAGCUGCGCUGCCAGAUUGGACGACGGAUGCGAACGGCCACGUGGAGGCCACCAGCACGUUGACCAGGCUCAGGAUGGCCUGCGAGUGCAUCCGCACGGGGAGCCGGCGCAGGCUGGUGUAUUUCAGUGAGCUGUUCGUGAACGUCCCCACUGCGCUCUUCUUCUUGUGCGACCAGGUAGCGGGGCAGCAGGGAUCUUGGUCCGCUGUGGCGUCAGAAGGUUCAGUCGGCGCAGCUGCAUGCUGGCCGCUGGCCGUGAAUCGCGUGUUGGCGAGGGCCAUCCUGUACGGAUCGGAACCCUGGUAA